UCUACGCUGCCGCGCCGGGAGGAGGCAGGGGGGGGUGGGCUGCGGGUCAAGGCAGAUCCUGCUGGCCUGUGAAAGCUUCGCCCUCGGUCACUGGCGAGUUUGAUAACUAUCUAAUGACUUGCUGCGUGGAGGAAGAAUCCAGUCACUCCAAUGAGCGGCGAGUCAUUGAAGAGCUGCUCCAGAUUUCCUUUGAGCUGAUUCCAAGUCCAGUUAUCCAGAGAGCGAGACUGUGCCCAGGAUUUCUGCGGUGGCUUAUCAGUCAUUCACCCACAAGUUAGUACGGCACCUCCAGAAUUCAGCACAUUGGGUUUUAAGAUUUUAACACUUCAUGAACAUUUCAGUGGUCUCUUUGCUUCAGGGAGCUGAAUAUUCUUCUAAACUUUGAAACAGCAUUUCUGGAGUGAAUUUUAAAAAUAAGGAUGCCUCCAAUUCGAAGGCUCUUAAGACGACGUUACUUGCAUUGGAAACUCAUUCUUGCAGCUCUUGUGUUCAUCACGUUUUUAUUUCUGAUGCAUAGGGAAGUAGUUGGGACCGCUACACAAGAGCCAUGGCUGAAAGAAAUGGCAGUGAAAAAAGACAAAGUUCUGCACAUGAUGAUGGGAGCAGUGAACAAUUUAAAAGAUGCAAUUCCAAAAAUGCAGAUAGGAGCCCCUGUCAGAGAGCAAGAGUCUUUAAACUUCAAAAAAACCUGUUUGCCUGGAUAUUAUACAGCAGCAGAACUGAAAUCCUUCAUGGAGCGGCCACCUCAGGAUCCGAAUGCUCCUGGAGCUGGAGGAAAGCCAUAUCACACUGAUAACCUGUCUCCAGAGGAACAGAAAGAAAAAGAUCGAGGAAAUGAGAAACACUGCUUCAAUGCUUUUGCAAGUGACCGAAUUUCUUUACAUAGAGAUCUUGGACCUGACACAAGGCCACCUGAAUGCAUUGAGCAGAAGUUUAAAAGAUGUCCUUCCAUGCCCACUACAAGUGUAAUUAUAGUGUUCCACAAUGAAGCUUGGUCUACACUGCUUAGAACUGUUUUCAGUGUAAUGCAUACAUCGCCUGCUAUGGUUUUAAAAGAGAUAAUUCUGGUUGAUGAUGCAAGUACGGAUGAUUACUUAAAAGAAGAAUUAGAUAACUAUGUGAAGCCAUUUCAAAUAGUUAAAGUUGUUCGGCAAUUGGAAAGGAAGGGAUUAAUUACAGCAAGAUUGCUGGGAGCCUCAGUGGCCACAGGAGAGGUCUUGACCUUCUUGGAUGCACACUGUGAAUGUUUCAAUGGUUGGUUGGAGCCAUUGCUGAACAGGAUUGCUGAGAAUUACACUGCUGUAGUGAGCCCUGAUAUCUCCAACAUCGAUCUCAAAACUUUUGAAGUGAUGAAACCAAAUCCAUAUGGACAAAAUCAUAACAGGGGUAACUUUGAUUGGAGUCUGUCAUUUGGAUGGGAAUCUCUUCCUGAUCAUGAGAAAAAAAGGAGAAAAGAUGAAACUUAUCCUAUAAAGUCACCGACAUUUGCUGGUGGGCUAUUUGCUAUCUCCAAGCAAUAUUUUGAACUCAUAGGUGCUUAUGAUGAUCAGAUGGAAAUAUGGGGUGGUGAGAACAUAGAAAUGUCUUUCAGGGUAUGGCUAUGUGGUGGACAAUUAGAAAUUCUGCCAUGUUCUGUCGUAGGUCAUGUCUUUCGCACCAAAAGCCCCCAUACUUUCCCCAAAGGUACUCAAGUGAUAGCCCGUAAUUUGGUACGCCUGGCAGAAGUAUGGAUGGAUGACUACAAACAGAUAUUUUACAGACGAAAUAGUCAGGCAAUGAAGAUGUUCAAAGAGAAAACUUAUGGAGACAUUACCGAAAGGCUUGAGUUGAAACAACGUUUGCAAUGUAAGAACUUCACUUGGUAUCUGAAGAAUGUUUACCCAGAGGUAUUCACACCUGAGCUGUCUCCUCAACAUUUUGGUGCAAUUAAAAAUGCAGGUUCUGGAACCUGUCUUGAUGCUGGAGAAAACAAUCUAGGUGGAAAACACCUAAUAAUGUAUACAUGCCAUGGUCUUGGAGGAAACCAGUACUUUGAAUAUACCUCAUUAAAUGAAAUUCGUCAUAAUAUCCGGAGAUUAUGUAUUCAUAACUUAAACAACAUUGCUUUUCUUGAGGGAUGUGCAUACAAAAAUUCGAACAGCUUUGUUUCAGCAGAGCAGAAGUGGGAACUUAAGAAAGAUGUUUAUAUUUGUACAUUGUUUUGUGUUACAGGAGAUGCUGCUUAUAAUCAAGUUUCAAAUAAGUGUUUAAGUGCAAGAGGUGAAACGCCCAACCUGGUGCCCUGCAAUCCUUCUGAUCAAUACCAAAAGUGGAUUUUCAGCUAACAGACAAUCCAGCACCUGAACCAAUGAAGAUUAAGUGCAAAUUUUGUAUCAAAGUCGGGAAGCAUUCACACAGACUUGAAAGGCACAAAAACAUGCAAGUCUUUGUAACAGGAAUUUUUCAAGACAUUUUUAAAAUUUGUAAUAAAGCAAAUUGCACUUGAAUGUAUUAGAUGGUGCUAGGGUUAUCUUCCUAUAUAUUCUCUUAUUGCAAUGGACACUUUUAAUCAACUUGUAAUUUUUCUAUUCCAAUGUUCAACAUGAAUUUAGGGAAUGUGAGAUUUUACUUUACAGAAUUGGUGAUUGUGUAUGCUGGUAACAUUUAAUAGGUGAAUAAAUAGCAGGAUAAAUUCAGCUUACUUUGAAAAGUAAUUAACUUGAGGACUUUACUGCUGUAUGUAUUUUUGGGAGUUAUUUUGGUAUGUACUGAGAAGAUUUUUUCCCUUCAUUGGAU